UGUGUUCUGGAAGGGACAGCUGGGUAUGGGCUCGCUGAGUGUUGUUUCCCCGGACGGCUCUUCUUUCCGGCCUGUGUCUCUCUCUCUCUUUCACCUUCCUAACUGUCUCUCCACCUUUCCUUCUCUCACUCAGCGUCUCCCUCUCUCCGGGCUCCCGUCCGCCUCCUUUGUCUCGCCUGGCGCACCGCACGCCGCUCAGCCCGUCUCCCCGCACACGGCGGUGACGUCACCUUUGACACAACAAUGGGUUCAAAGGCCACGCAACAGAGGCACGCUUGACAAGCGGCACGCACGACGUCGUCGCGGCGGCGGCGGCGGGGGGGGCGUGGCUGUGCGGACGCCAGACGUGCUGGGCGUGGCCUGUUGCUGGCUCGUUUUUUUGAAGCGGUGUCCGCGCGCUGCCCCGUGCACCCACUCAAAUCACGCGCCCAGCAUGCUGGAAUAUUUAGACGUGUAUUCGCCGUCUGGAGGUCGAGUCACACACUGUAACAUCACAGCUUUAACCAGAAAAGACACGGUAAUCGCACGACACAAAGGACUGCAUCAAAUCCGAGCCCCGCUCUGUGAUCUUAACGGGCGAAGCGCCGGAGCGGGGAGAUGUCCGUGGGCGGGACACGCGAGCUGUCCUGCUUCUAGAUCAGCUGCUGAACCCACUUCCACACCUGAGACACCCGGGUCUGGCAGGACAGGACGGCCAGACUGCGACCUCAGUAUCCGCUGCCCUCCGAUUGCAGUUCCUGUCGGCUCCCAGGAAAUCUCGCACACUUGUCCUCAGGCUCGGUUAGCUGAUUGUGGCCCAGAGGGACACAGCGCCACCCCUGGGUCCACCACCAGCGAUAGCACCCAGCCCUGCGGUCCUGCCGCCAUCGAACCGGAUCAGGCUGCAAGGCGCUUCCGAGCGCCGGUGUCUGAAUCCAUCGCAGCCCCUGCCGGCACUCGGGCUCCACGCUGACGCGAGGGGUCUCGCCUCCCUGUCCACCGCUUGCUCUCCAUGAGACACACAGACAG